AUGAAGACUUUUUUCCAUCCACGACGAAUAGUUGUUAAAGUUUUUCUACUAACAACUAUUGCAUACACCAUACUUGUCACAUUGAAUCUGAUUCUUGCCAAACCAGAUCUACAUCAAUACCGCAAACUACUUUAUCAACAAUUUACUCACAAAUAUAAUCAAUUGUAUUACAACUUUCUUGCAUCUAAUUACGACUUGAACAAUAAUGACGAUUUUAACAGACAUUUGGCAGUAAUACGAAAAGAUGCUGUUGAAGAAGAUAGAGGAAAUAAUGAACUAUGGAUGUUGAAUGAGGAGAUUACCGAACAUUUACCAUUGACAAUGCCUAUACCUUCAGCAUACUACUCCAACUACAAAAAGACGCGAGAAAAUUCAGACAAGUCAUCACGGGAAGAAUCAGGCACUGUCACUUCUGCUCCACUUUCUCCAUUUGUGCCAAAAUUUGACCCUAGGCUUACUCUCGGCGCUUACUAUCAGUACAUUGCAAGAACAGCAACACACACAGGGCCGUCAAACUCCGAAAACUUGGCAUUGCCUUUCCACUGGUCUGAUUGGGUUGAUUUGUCCAUUCUUGAAAAAUAUGUCAUAGCAGAAAACAACGAAAAUGACAACAACAAUAACGACGACCAACAGACAGACUUGUGCGCAGCAUUGUUUGACAUUUCCAAUAGAACUGAACUUAUUGAGGGCUCGGAACUUCGGAUGGUUGAGGAAUACUGUCAGUCCAUUUCCGACGACGACUCAAUGUCAUCGUCACUUGUGCAUCCUCAAUUGGGGUUCAAAAUAACCGACCAACCGGGUCCACAAACCAUACCCAAUCGUGAAGUCAUUAGUCGUGCUUAUUUGUUUGCAACAGCUCCAUCACCCAAAAAGUUGAUAUUUUUAACAACUAAUGGAUCGUAUCAGGUUGAUGUAUCAAAUCCUCAUGAAAACAACUUUAACAACUCGUUGCUCCACAAUGGCAUAAUUGAUUCAUUACCGAUAGACACGUUAAAUGUUGUAGAAGACUACAAAUACUUGCAAACACACAAACCACAACUGCAUCAACAACCACAACAACAACAACAACAAGCAAAGGAUACCAAAGAAGUUGAUGGCACAUCCUCAUCCUCAUCUCCACCUCACUUCUUUUCCUCCUACUCCUCCUCCUCCUCCUUUUUCUCCUUCUCCUCCGUCCCUUCUCGCCACGAACUACAUAUCCCAAAAUCGGCAUUUCGCAAUGAUCCCGAAUCAGUCAUCGAUUCCAUGAAACGCAAACAACAACAAACCCAACUAUCCCUAAUGGAAAAAGACUAUCUCGACUCAAUAUCAUUUAGUCAUCAUUGCCAAGACCCACCCAAGUACUUUUACGAAGCCAAAUUACUUAAAUCCACUCCUGACGAUUGGCAAGGUGAGCAUUACGACUGGCGGUUUUUCCAAGGAAUAACAUUGGACUUGCCGGAAAACUCCAUCAUCUUGCAUCGAUUAAUCAAAAACUAUCUCAAUUUUGCACGCAUUCAUGGCAUAACCACCUGGAUAGCGCAUGGAUCCUUACUCGCCUGGUAUUGGAACGGAGUUGCAUUCCCCUGGGAUGGUGAUGUCGAUGUCCAAGUGCCCGUUUCAGAAUUGUACAAAUUGGGCCAGUAUUACAACCAAACUUUGGUUGUUGAGAAUGCCGCUGAUUCGAGUGGGAAAUUUGAUGGAAUGGGGCGGUACUUUGUUGAUAUUGGAUCGAGCAUCACCCAUCGUACUAGAGGUAAUGGGAACAAUGCAAUUGAUGGGAGGUUUAUUGAUGUUGAUACCGGGUUGUAUAUUGAUAUUACUGGAUUGGCAUUGACGGAUGCGCCAUCGCCCGAUAGAUAUGAGUUGAUUGUUCCGUUGUUGGAUAAGGAGAAGCAAGCCAUUUUGGCGACUGCCAAUGGCAGAAGCGAAGGUGGGAAAGUUGUUAAAGAUUUUUCGGUAAUUAAUCGUGAACUUGAGUUGUUCAAUUGUCGAAAUAAUCAUUUCACUUCGUACCAAGAACUAUCACCAUUGAUUACAUCCAUUUCGGAAAAUCAGCUCGCUUACAUUCCUAAAAACUUCAUGAUGAUUCUUCAAGAUGAAUACAAUUUGAAUGCAUUAUCACGAAAACAACAUCGGCUGUUUACGUUCUUGAACAAUUUACGACUUUGGUUCAAUACAAAAUCCAUUAAGAAAUAUGCGCAUAUGGAGAAUGUCGAUGCAGAGGGGUACGAUUUCAAGUCGUUGCAAAUACUAAAUUCAUUGACCCCACAGGAUCAUUUGAACUUGUUGGGUCAAGAGAAUACAUUGUUGCAAGAAUGGGAGUUGACCAAGAAUUUCACAAAGUUGCAUCACGAUGAAUUGAAGAUGAUUUACGAGGGCAAGAUUGACCAAGCUGGUGAAUUGAUUGAACGUAAUUUGGUCAGGGCGGAAAGUGGCGGUCUUGUGGGUAAGGCUUUGAGAGCUGAUUACUUUAUGCAUAAAUUGAUGACUAGUGGGGAGAUCCAUUAG